AUGGUUCAAGAUAAGGAAAGUGAUCUGAAAAUGGUACAAAUUGGUGCCGGUACGACACCUGGAGCGUUUCAAAUUCAGCCCCUUACUGCCAUUCAUGCGGGUAUAAUUAGUGGGAUAAUAAAGGGCCACUUUUCACAUGCGACAAAAAUAUAUACGACAGUUAUUGCUGAAAAUUAUGCUGGUUUGGCAUCUGUAUUCCAGUCAACAGAACCAAUUCUUAUUGACCACACUUUACCGCUAAUCACUGAUUUAUAUGCAUCAGCCACGGUAAUCCACGUAAAUGAGACGGAGGAGAUUGUUACAAGAGUCAAGGUCAAUGCAACCUGGAACGUGCAUGACGAUGAGAGUGAUAUUAAACAUUGUACUUGUUCCGUUGGAAUGUUUCCAUACAAAGCCAAUAUACAAGACCAAUGGUAUGCAGAUAAUCAAUCAUCUUGUGAGUCGACCCUCUUGCAGCUUAAACACGGCGAUAAGGUGUACGUCAAUAUCAAAUGUGUAAACAAUGUUGAACUUGCGACAACAACAACUGUAGCUUCAAAUACACUGUCCAUCAAUUUUACUAAAUCAAACGAUGUAACUGUUAAAAUUAUACCUGUUAACGAAGCUCCUUUCAGCACAAUACCGAUUACUGUAGCCCCGACGAAAAUACAAUCAAACAAAUCUUUGGUGCAAAUAAGUUGGUCUGAAUUCAAACAUACAUCCGGUAUUGACUAUUACGAAUAUUGCAUAUCAGACGAAAGAAAUACCAUCAUAGUAGAUUGGACAAAUGUACAGUUGAAGACAGUGGCAAGUGCACAUGGACUUAUUCUAAACAAUGCAGAGAAAAUGAACGUAAGCGUCAGAGCAACAAACACUGGGCAGUAUACAAGUGAGGCCGUCAAUGCUUCUUUAUUCACUAUAAGCGAACCUUCAGCAUUGUCAGGUUAGACGAUAGAGUUCAGCAAUU